AUAAAGGCUACCACAAAAAAAACCGUGAUGAUAAUGGAGGCGAGGCGGUGGAGGAUGUCGGAUUUACGAGAGAGGACUGUUGAAAUUUGACAAGAGAGGGUUCGUGUUCAGACAUCAUCCUCGGGUUUUUUUUUUCCUCUUUUUUUUCUUCGUUCAUUUUGGUCCCCCACAUGCUGCGUGGACUCUGAAGAAGAGCAGAGGGGGGAGAAGGGGAGAAGGGGAGCACCCCACGGAUGCCUCGGAAGGUAAAAACGGGGUCCACCGCUGGCGCUACAGGCAACAAGAAGCAUCUCAUCUCACGGAUGCUAAUAAAGGACAUCCUGAAGGAAGGCUGUGGACUGAGGGAUGAGGAUGAAAAACAGCUUUAACCCACCUCCACUGUGAAAUAAAGAAACCCCUAUUUUGAUGGAUUUUUUUUUUUUUUUUUACAUCAUUCAUGGUGUAGCCCCCAAGGAAACGAGCCUUAGACAGCAAUGUUGAAUCACUGGUCUUGGUAAAUAAUUCAUUAGUGGUAUAGGUUGGCUAUGAUUUUUUUUUUUGUAUUUGCUUCAAUGUAGCAUUUUCUCUCAUUCAUUUUUACAAUGUGUCGUCUUGUAUUAUCACACACAUAUUUGCAGGUUACAUUUUUUUUACCGUGUGGUUAUGUAGGGCCUUUUAUUAGCCUUUAAUAAGAAACAGCCAAAGCUGGAAAAAAAAGGAGCUUUGAUACAGAAAAACGAAACACAUCUGUUCAGUGAGGGGUUUUAAUAGAUUUUCUUUUCUUGUUAAGAUCUAAAAAAAAAAAAAAAAAAAGGAAAAGUACGGGGGUGGAAAGAGAGAAACACGGAUUUAACUAAACAACAACAAAAAAAAAACACCAAACAUGUUGCCUUCCCAAGAAGCCUCCAAGAUCUACCAUGACAAUUACAUGCGCAACUCCCGGGCCAUCGGGGUGCUGUGGGCCAUCUUCACCAUCUGCUUCGCCAUCGUCAACGUGGUGGUGUUCAUCCAGCCCUACUGGAUCGGCGACAGCGUCAACACGCCGCAGGCCGGCUACUUCGGCCUCUUCCACUACUGCGUGGGCACGGGGCCGUCGCCCAGCCGGGAGCUCACCUGCGUGGGCAGCUUCUCCGACUUCAGCUCCAUCCCGUCCGGAGCCUUCAAGGCGGCCUCGGUGUUCGUGCUGCUGUCCAUGGUGCUGACCCUCAGCUGCAUCGCCUGCAUGGCGCUCUUCUUCUUCUGCAACACCUCCACCGUUUACAAGACCUGCGCCUGGAUGCAGCUGCUGUGCGGAGUGUGCCUGGUGCUGGGUUGCAUGAUCUUCCCCGACGGAUGGGACGCCGAGGUGAUCCGGGACAUGUGCGGGGAGCACGCGGGGAAAUACUCCCUGGGCGAUUGCUCCGUCCGCUGGGCCUAUAUGCUGGCCAUCAUGGGCAUCCUGGACGCCCUCAUCCUCUCCUUUCUGGCCUUCGUCCUGGGUAACAGGCAGACAGACUUCUACCUUGAUGACUUGCAGACGGACAACAAAGAUUUUGCUGUGUCAAGGAUCGAGGUGCGGGACAGACGAGAGCCGAGGUACGGCGUUCAGCGUCUUCACUGAGAGCACCAACGACCCCGGACAACUUCUCUCCUCCUUUUUUUCUUUUCUCUUCUUUCUCUCUCAUGCAUAUCUUUUCCUCCCUGUCCUAUCUUCUUCUUCUUCUUCUCUCCCUUUCUCUCCAAUGAUCAGGAUAUCACCCAAACUUAAUGCAGACACCAAGUGUACAGGAUUCUGUAAGAUAAAAAAAACAAAACAACAGAACACACUGGGGUAAACUAUAUUUUGGAAAAAAUAAGUUAUACAAAGGUUGUACAGUGCAUUUACCACUCGACUUUCUCAAAGAAUACCUUUAUGAUGGAGGAAAAAAAAAUGUAGUGUAUUUUAAAGUCUUGAUUUGUGUGAGAAAUGUAAUCCUGAAGAUGAAGAACCAUAACGUCCAUCCAUGAUUUUAGGAUGCUUUAUUUGAAAACCAACGCUAUUUUAAUGACUUUGAAUUUGUGUGAUGCGUACAUUCAUAGCCUCAGAGAUAGAGAGAGAGAGAUACUCCUUAUACCGUUUUAAGAGUCGAGACUGGCAAUACAGCAGCAAGUACAUGAUUAAACAUUUAACACACUUCAACGGGGGACUUGUAUGGCUCUUCAUCUGAGGACUUUCUAAUGCGAGGAACUUAAAGGAGCAUCCCACUGCAGCUUUACAGAACCUAACAUCUCUGGGAGAUUCUCUACUGUACAUACUUAACCAUGUAAAUAGCAUAACUGCUGACAGAAAACAGCCGACGACAAAACCUCAUCUGACUCUUAAAAUGCAUUCGAGUAUUUUCUACCCAUGGUUCCUUGUGCCAGAAGAGCGUCAGAGUACGAGCAGAAUGCAUCGCGUUUCUACUAAAUCCUCACUGCUCAUUUGGAGUGAUAGGAAAUAUAUGGGAAUAUAAAGGAUAUCUUAGGUGGAAUAUUCCACACAAAAGUAAAAGGCAAGAUGAAAACGAGAUGCUUCCCCUGCCUCCAUGUGGCUUUAAAACGAGGUCCUUACCGUAGUAUUUCACCCCAAACAGUCGAUUAGUCAAACUUUAAGCUGCUGAUCUUCAAUGCAGCUGUCCUAGAAAUCAUGUUUUUAUUUUUCUCAGAGUCCAUACCUUUUUCUUUUUUUUUUUUUUCAAGUGUGCUUUUUACUCCAGGUUAUGGUUCCAGCAUGCAGAGAUCAGUUUACUCUACAGAUGUCUUAAGACCGUGUGAAUAUGGCUGCACGCGUCAGCCUUCAGCCCCAAGUGCUGCAUUGUCUUCAGGUGAUGACACUUCAACGCCUCUUUAAAUUAGCAAUGCUGCGAGUAGAAUCAUACAUGGGACAUUAGAGCAAAUAAUCCCCCCCCCCCUAAAAAAGGAAGACAAAAGUCCUUUUAAGAGUACUGACACACCUUGAACUCUGUAACACAAGUCUUAGUUAGCGUGAUAAACUGUGACUUGGCCACCAUUCAACAAAAAAUAAAAUCAUAUGUCUUUGUGAGGCUCGUCAAAAAAGAUUCUGAGAAUCCGCUGCGUCCUCAAAGUGCAGCACAGGAAAAGAAUCAUAUUGAAGUGACAGCGAGAGCAAACUGGCACAUGACGGAAAGUUGACGUCACAUGCAAAAAUAUCUCAAUAGAAUCCUAAAUCAUGAAAAAUACCAAACGUAUCUAUCCUUUUUAAAAACUGGCUCGCCAUUAUUUUGAAAUUACUUUUAAAUUUCCGCAGUAGGAAUCUAUUAAAUCAAGCCAAAGUCUGACACAAACUCCAAAUCUGAACUCAUGCAGACAAGCGACCACCAGACUUAGCGUUAUUUUGUCCCUGAAACUGGUUCUUACUAACUUUCUCUGUGUGUCUCUUGUUUGGGAAUCCACUGUAGCUCCAACAAUGUUGCUUGACUUAAAGGAGAUCUAUUCUGCUGAUCCAUAUUUGAAUCCAUACAUAUAAUGGUACGAUGUUGGACGUUCAUACUAAACCUCUGUGACCAUUUUUUCAAACACACAAUAAAAAGUUGUCAGCGUAAUCCCCGGACGUGGUUUCCUGUUGCUCUGAACGAGACGUUACAAGAACUUUACAAGACAGUUCUGGCCAAGUAUCAGAGCAAUCAGGACAGAAGCCCAUCCAGAAGCUCUCUAAAAAAUUCCCUGCCGCUGUAAACUGAGCUGGCCAGGGAGUUGGGCCUUAAAGAGACAGUAGCUAAAAUUAGGCAGAGGCUGAAAUGAGGGAUUUUACUGACACUAGUAUCAGAUAAAUAAGGAGGUUUUUGAGCUGCAGAUCUUGCAACACAACUCAAUAGGUGUCCCAGACUGACGUUAUUAAAAAUGAAUGUGAGUAUAAUAGAUCUCCUUUAACAAUUGAGGCAAUAACCCGUUGUGUCACCUUUGGCAUUAAUCAAAGCUGAGACUUUUUGACCGAUUCUUCACUGGCAAUGUAUACGUUACUUUUACAUUUCAAACUAAGAGGUCAUUAAGUCGACUCACAUAGGUUGCUUUGAAAACUUAAAGGGAGACACUGCAGGUUUCCCUACUUUCAGUCAUACGAUUGUUUGCGACUUUAAGCAAAACGUUGGUACCUGAUCCAUAAUCACCUGGAUUACCUUUUCCACUAAGUGACUGUGACUCACCAUUGUACCCCAUGAACACAGCUAUGGCCUCUAUAAAGUUACAUGACAUGUUGGCAUCAAUGACACCCGUAUCAUGAGUAUGAUGUGCUGUUGGCUCCAAGUCGGAAUCGAACAUGUGACAACCUGUGUUUGCACCAUGGGGCUUUUAUCCCUCUCAGGGCUGACACGCUCUAACAGAUCCUCCCAAAAAUAACCCAAAGUUGUGUUGAUUUGUCACAAGAGAAUAAUCUUGUGUUUUAAAGAUGCACACAGCUAAUUGAGAAGUGACUGGAGCCAUUUACCUGAGCAAUGAAACCAGGCAGGGGGGGAUCUGCCCUUUGUGAGACGGCAGUUUACCCAACAGGAAACAUUACAAAACUACAAUCCUGUGAGGAAGUGAGUGUACGCUCUUAAAUGUACCUACAAUCCAUGACAUACUUUGUUAGAUGCAUUCUAUGUAGGAUGUAUUCAAGAUUUCACCUGAAAAAUAUCAGACAGCGGCAUCUUUUGUACAAAACAAACAGCUGUUUACAAAAUUUUAAAAAUAAGAGAAUGGCUCACCUGUGUAAAGUAUUAUAGACUGUAUAUGAAAAGUGGACUCAACCACCACUACAGCAUCUCUUAGUUUGAUCACCAUUUUGGCUAUUGCCAUGUUGCUUGGUUUCAAUCCAGAUGGGACCAUAUUUGGACUAAACAGAGAAACUGGAGACUAAAAAGAGGUAACUUUAGCUAUCACCAUUGCUAGCUUCGUAAGCGAGCUUGCAAUGGUGAUUCAUUGUAACUGAGAUGAACUUGUUUGCUUAAUUCGGCCAAUGGGACAGGCAACUCCUCCUGAGUGUGUUUUUAGAACAACCCAACCCUGGAACAAGACCCUUUCAGGUUGCUAUGGUUAUGACAUGUCAGGCACAUGGAAGUCUAGCCUUAAGCUUUGUCAUUUAUUAUACUCUAAAUUGGUGUGUAUUUUGGAACAUGAGGAUCUUAAAACUGGUGAUUGAGACCAUCAAUGCAUUGGGAAGAUUUUGAUUAAAAGUAGUGGUUGGAGGCAAUGCUGCAACUUCUUUAUAUUUAAAAACCAAGCAGUGCUGUCCACUUCCAAUAAAGAGUCUAUGAUGACUUUAUACGGACAUGGAUCCCUGGUUUUUAGCCUGAUAUCGGCUCAGUUGGGAUUGUGUAUUGGGUAGCAGUGCAUCCCUAUGACAUAAUAUACAUCUAAUGAGCAGAUAGCUAGAUGUGCUGUGUGUUUUUUUUUUUCAGAUUGGUAGCUAGCUAACUCUCAGGAAGCUGUGUACACAGUACUGUAUUAAAGGCUCACGUUGGAAAUGACGAUCAACAAACACAAACGAGUCGGAACCUGCAAGUGAACUUAAAAGCCGAUGCUCCUGUGACGUGGUCAUGGCUCACGAGUCCAAAGCAUCACCUGCAAGUGAAGAAUCAGUGUGACACCUUUGGGUUGAGUAGAACGACUCUGGUUUUCCAAGCUGGGCCUUUAAGACAAUAUGAAAAAACAGCCCUCAUGCUGAAUCAAACGAUGCUGUCCAUGCAGGCUGUGCACAAACCUUGGCCUACAGCUAUCAACCAUCUUAGAGCAGGAGUGCUGGGCUCUCAUUAGGAAACGUUUCUUUUACUUUAACCUUGAAGUAACUGUGCAAGCAUAUGAAGAAUAUGUCACAAAACGAUUGAAACACGAUCUACAGUCCGCAUCCAUUUGGUAAAGCAAGUCUUGCUUUGAUAUGUACGUGAUCAUUCGUGAAAAUAAGCGCACUGGCUGGGACAUGGGCACGGAGAUUUUUUAAAGUAUGAAAUGGUAAAGAUGGAGCUUAUGUCUCUCAUAUAUUGUGAUUUAGACAUCUAUAGCUUGCAUCUCUCAUUUUGGGAUACUAUCACGGGCCCAGGACGUGUUUCAUGUCAAAUCAAGAAAAAGAACAAAAACAGCCCUGACACCCACAUAAGUGAUCCCAUCAGGCCAUCGAGGAUCAUAACCUGAUCACCGGUCUGGUCUCCGUCUCCGGGUUUCCUGAGGACUUGACGAUGAACUGAAAAAUACCUUAACAAAGGAACUGACGAUAUACCUUAAAACCCUGAUGAGCACAUAUUUGUACCACUCCAGGUGCCUCUAAGAACUCUUGAUUUAUUUCAGAUGUGGUGCAGAACCAGCAAAACAAGUAGUGACACCGUAGUUUUUUCUACCGAAGACUACAUACUCUGACUGAGCUCUGAAGCAAGGUGGUUUUUUUUCUGCAGAUUUGAGGUCAAUUCAGUUUCAAGUCCAAUUAGAAGGACUUUUUUUUUUUGUUCCCAAAUACUACGCUUGAUUCCUAAAAAAACAUUUUGAUAUGUGGGAGUAUAAUUGGUUUUCCCUUAAUUUCCAGUUUGUGAUUGGACUCCGGAGCUAAAUUCACCUCAAUCUUAACUUAUAGAAUCAUAAAAAGAAAAGACUGAAAAUGAAUAAAAAAGGACACAGAGAUGACGGGAGGUCAUCUCAUCUCCUGCAGCAAACAAAGUGUUUGCUGACAGUGCAAUCUGUCAUUGAUCUGUCAAUGAUUUUAUCAUAGUUUUUAUCAUGCAAUAUCAUGUAUAAAGGCAUCAUGUUUGGGGGGGGGGGGUCAGGACAAAGAGGAAUCACGUCCAGUGAAUUAUGUUAUGUUAAUAUUUGACUUUCUGUUAUCUCCUGAAAUGCAGACGUUGCCAAAUUAUCAUCAACUAUCAUGUAUAACCAUGAAAAAAAAGAAAUAUUCAGUUUGGUUUUGUAUAAGAAAAGAAUGAUAUACUGAUAUUGUCAAGUACUUCUGAUGAGCUCUAUGUUUUUAUGUGUUGAAUACAGAAUCUUUCCUUUCUGUUCUGCUUUACUUUCUCUGUAUCUUUUGGUACGAUGAUGAUGUAUGAUGAUUGUUGUUCUGUCACAUCAGACUUUUACAUCGCAGAUUCAAACCUUGACUCACCAAUGGAUGACUGCUUGUUGAAACCUCAAACAGCCCAACAAUGUAUAAAAAAAAUGUCUUAUUUAUAAAGUUGCUAAAUUUGUGGACAAGUAGGGGCCGAGACGCUUGUUGCUUUUCAUGAAUUAUGACGACAUGCUGAGUUUUUUAUUUUUAUUUGAAAAAUUCUGUCUGAUUAAUUCCUUUUUUGUGAAUAGUAUUCCAACUCACCAUGAUGAACGUUUCUGUUAUUGACACACAUUUUGAGAAGGUCGAAUAAAGAUAUUUUACAUUCAAAA